UUAGAUAACUGAAGCAGUUAAGUCUGUAACCGAUAGAAAGACCCAAUUUCAUUAUGACCAACACCAGAAGGUUUUAGGACUCCCCUGAAGAACAAUGUGUGACUGGACAACUGUGUGUGGGCACCUGUUUGCUGCUUGCAGACCGUCCCCAUGAGGGAGCAACGUUAAGUGGAUGUGACUGCUCUGAUUGCACUCCAUGGGAAAGCGAGAAGAAAUAGCCAACCUCUGAUCAACAACGCGUCAUAUAAUGUUUCAACGGACGCCCCUCCCCCUGUCUCGUUUUCCCCCCUCACUCAACCUCUCCUUUGACUCACAGAGGCGGCUCACCACUGGUGCACGGACCGUGGAGGAUACCGGCAGAAGAUGGCUGACUUAGCCGCGCACCUCAAGCCCUCGGCGGCAUCACCAGCGUCACACGGGCCGCUGAAAAGCUGCAAGACAUCCGCCGUCUGGCGAGUGUAAACAGCUGCCUCUCUCACCCCCUCCUCACCCCUCCUCACCGCAGAAGUAUCUCAGAGAAAACAUGGCAGAGAUGGAAAAAGAGGGCAGACCUCCGGAAAAUAAAAGAAGCCGAAAACCAGCUCACCCAGUGAAAAGGGAAAUAAAUGAAGAGAUGAAGAGUUUUGCAGAGAACACCAUGAACGAGCUGCUGGGCUGGUAUGGCUAUGACAAGGUGGAGCUGAGAGACUCUGACAACCUGGAGAUAGGGGAGACGCCACAGCACAUCUCUGUCCUCAAAGAAAACUUGUUGCCAAAAAUCCCAGCUUCAACAGAGAGCAGCGAAGCCUCUCCGGAUCGAGCCAACAGCUCCCAGUCUUUGCCAACUUCCAGGAACGGAGUCACAGAGUCCUCCACCACUCCGUCCACCUCCAUGCCCAGUACCAAGGAACAUGGCAACCUGCCCAUCAUUGUCCCCAUGAUCCCCCCGCCACUGAUCAAGCCCCCAGCAGAUGAAGAUGCAUCCAAUGUGCAGAUCAUGUGCGCCUGGUGCCAGAAGGUCGGUGUCAAGCGUUAUUCUCUGAGCAUGGGGAGUGAGUUGAAGAGCUUCUGCAGUGAGAAGUGCUUCGCCGCCUGCCGCAGGGCCUAUUUUAAGAGAAACAAGCUGGGAUAUAUAAGGAAUUACACUGCGAGAGACGACGAUGGCCUCGGUGGGAAAUUACCCCAGCACAGCUUUACUCAGGACACGGCCAGGCUUGUCUUCAAGACAAACAGCGAUGUGCUUGUGUGUGACUGGUGCAAACAUAUACGCCACACUAAGGAGUACCUGGACUUUGGUGCUGGUGAGCGAAGGCUGCAGUUCUGCAGUGCCAAAUGCCUGAAUCAAUAUAAGAUGGACAUUUUCUACAAGGAGACCCAGGCUGCACUGCCUGGAGCAUUGUGUAACCCAGGACAUGGGGCUGGUGGGGAUGGUAAGAUGGAUUGCAGUGGAGGGGUCCAGCUGCUUACUCCUGAAUCCUGGGGGACACCGUUAACAGACUUCCGGCGUAAAGCUCCUUCACCAGGGGGGCCUAACAACACCUCUGCACUUGCCCCUUCCACUUCUUCGUCCACCCCACCCUCGGAUACUGCUGCCGUCUGCUCCCCCUCCUCCUCCUCAGCCAAGAUCCCCACACCCAGACCCCACGAGAGCCCCACACUUCACCCUCCGCCUGUUCCCACUUUGCAUCCACCUGUUGGGGUUCCUCCUGGUAGCCCUCCCAUGGUGAUGACACCCCGGGGACCCAUGCCCCUGCCACUUUUCAUGGAGCAUCAAAUGAUGCAGCAAAUGCGUCCACCAUAUCUUCGACCUUCUGCCCACCCAGGGGGGCCCCAUAGCCCCCUGUCAAACCCUAUCAUCCCUGGUAUUGGUCCACCACCUCCUCCUAGGACCAUGGGUUCAGCAUCAAGCCCCAUGCACAGGCCCCUGCUGUCUCCACAUGUCCACCCCUCAUCCAAUCCCAACCCUGGCAUGAUGCACCAUGGUCUCCCCAUGCCAGGCCUACCCCCUUUCCCCCCAGUCAACAUGAUGCCCAAUGGACGCAUUCCUCUGCCACCAAUGAUGAACUUUGGCAUGGCGUCCUUGGCCCCAUUGGUACCCCCACCAACUCUCUUGGUCCCUUAUCCUGUCAUUGUACCCCUCCCAGUCCCAAUCCCUAUUCCAAUCCCAAUUCCCUUCAGCCCCAAAACAUCCAGGGACCAGCCAGAGAAUAGUGGCACUUUUUGCAGUGCUCCAGAGUCAUCCGAAGCUUCAGCUUCUGGACCUCACUCUCCACGUUCCUCUGGUGGUGACAGAGGGGAGCAGAAAGUAGAGCCAGCUGAUGCAGAGCGUCUCUCUCCUGGAAACUCACAGAGAAGCAGGACAUCGCGGGUGGACUUGACAGUGAAGGCAGAGGAUAAUUCAGGCAACCUGUGUCUAACCAGCGGCCCUGGAAUGAUGGAUGGGGUGAUUGAUCUAACUGUGGGCCAGAGGCCAUGCCAACAGCAGGUAAUUCAAAGGAUGCUACCUGGGGUCCAGGUCAAAAUAGAGGCAGAGGCUGAAUCAAGAUCUCCACCAGCUGCUGGGCUUUUUUGGGAAGGAAAGGGCAGUCGUAAUGGGGGGAAAGGGGCCCUCUCACAGGACCUUCUCAGUGCUACAAAGCUAGAAGGGGUCACACACCUAAACACACUGGAAUCAUCAGGCCCACCCUCCAGCAACAGCAGCUCUUCUUGUCAUGAGGAUCUUCCAGUGAGCCAGCUAAAUCCUUGUAACUCCAACCAUACCCCACCACCCUUGCCCAGCACAGGACAGACCCAACCCCUGCCCCACCUCCAAAUAAGCCCUGCUGCCCCACGUAACGUCAUAGUUAAUGGUACGGGAUGGCAUUCCCUUCUCACUCCUGCCUUUGAGUCUUACCCUGAUCGAAGGGGAGACAGUGUUGCAGGAGAAGGAGAGGCAGAGGAGCGGACAGCCAACGGUGAGCUGGAGCAUGAGGCACUGAAAGAGAACAAUUGCUCAGUUGGAGAUUGGGAGCCAGGGAAGCGGGGCUCAGUGCAAGACGAGAUGGCGGACACAGUGGAGGGUAAGCCAGAUCCUGACUCCAACACGGAGGAAGGUGAGCACGCCUAUGCCCUGCCGCUGCUGUCUACCGGAGGCUGUGUGGUCAUCCAACCUGUGCCAAAGCCUGGCGCUGACAAGACAGCCAUCCUGUCCUGCUCCAUCAGUGCCCCUUUAUCAACAGACGGGAGUCCUGAGCUGGAGCCGCCGCUAAAGAGAAGGUGUCUGCGAAUCCGCAAUCAAAACAAAUGAGAUGGACGCUCUGAGGACCACAGUGCCAUCAACGAAUCUCACUUGUCCACCCCAUACCUCCAAAUCCAACCCUUCCCAACUACACCACCGCACACACACACACACACACACAUGCACAUUUUUCUUGUUCUCAUUCAUUGUCCAGUCUACCAGCACCACAAAUCGCCUUCGACGACUGAUGAGAGUCCAACCAAACAUGUUGAUGUGUAUUAUAGUAGAGCAGACAGGACUACUUCUGUCCAUGUGACAGAUCCUCUGAUGGACUUGAACUUCCACGGACUUGAUGUUGUGGCCAGCAGGAUUGCUUGACCUUUGAACUGCAGACAGUAUGUCCCAGCAACAGCAGGACGUUACCCAGCUGCUUCUCUCCUCACUUAGGGACUCUCAGCCCGCACUGCCCCUUCUACCUGAUCUCCCCUCCCCUAUCAAAGCAAGUGCUCUCCAUAUUAUCUGUUACUAUGGAAAGCAGCAGAGUGAUAGGUGAAGGAUCCCCAAAGACAGAUUUCCGUGCACCAAUGAAAUGCUCCAACCUGGUAGCACACCACAGGUACAAAAAUCUCCAGUAAGUGAUCAUUUUUCUUCACUCAACUUGUCACUAAGGUAUAAACUGAUCUUAUAUAAAACAUUAUUUUUUGGGGGUUAUUCCCUUAUUCCAGAGUGACAGUGGAUAGACAGGAAAAGUGGGAGAGAGAUGGGGGAUGACAUGCUAAGGCUGCAGGUCGGAUUCGAACCCAGGCCACUGCAAAGGCCGCUGUCUAUAUGAGGGCGCACAUGCUCACUGGGUGAGCUAGAGGUCACCCCAUCUUUCAAUGUUUAGAACGUAGAGCCACAGAGCUGAGAAGAAAUAGCCGAAAGU